UCCGCAGUCUCUGGUCAUCCCUGUACUGUCCGCAGUCUCUGGUCAUCCUUGUACUGUGUCUGUAGUCUCUGGUCAUCUCCUGUGACAGCCGGGUGUCCACUGCACAUGCGUGAGAAGCACUGUGCUUUGUGAAUGAGAGGACAACUCCGGUCAUCUCUGUACUGUCCGCAGUCUCUGGUCAUCUCCUGUACUGUGUCCGCAGUCUCUGGUCAUCUCCUGUAUAUGUCCACAGUCUCUGGUCAUCUCCUGUACUGUGUCCGCAGUCUCUGGUCAUCUCCUAUACUAUGUCCGCAGUCUCUGGUCAUCUCCUAUACUAUGUCCGCAGUCUCUGGUCAUCUCCUGUACUGUGUCUGCAGUCCAUUGGUUCAGAAUAUUUUUUUUCUUGUUUUUCUCCUCUAAAACCUAG